GGUUAAAGAAUUAGUCAAAGAAGUUCAUUCAAUGCAGUUUGCAUCACUACACAUCCAAUUCAGUGAAAGAACCAUGUAGGAAUUUGACUUCCAAAAGUCAAACAAAUUGUUUUCUGUCUUUUGCUUCUCACUCAUCUCCUCAACACCUCUAUCUAAUUGCAUUAAUAACAAGUUGCAUCACAAACAAGAAUACUAACUAGUACUAAUAAAGAGUAGAGAGGAGAAGAGAAGAGUACAACAGAGGAACGUUGAUGGGGAGGUUGAAGCUGAAUAGUGAUCCAACUCCAAGACUCAAGCACUUCAGUCAUCCACAUGAAUUAGAGCUAUGCAUCCAACUCCAGAAUAAUCCCACACCUUGUUCAGGAUGCAAACUCCCAUCAUCACCCCAAAUGUACACAUGCAAGCCUUGCAAUUUUACCCUCCAUUUGAGUUGUACUCAGUUCCCAAAGCUGAUAAAUCACCCUGCUCAUCCAGACCACCCUCUGGCUCUCCUUCCGAGGUCUAAAUACCCCCAUGGCCUUUUCAAUUGUGAUGCCUGCAACCACCGCGGUGAUGGAUUCAGCUACCACUGCAGAGACUGCGAAUAUGAUCUCCAUGUGAUCUGUGCAUCAAAACCCCUCAAAAUCACACAUCAAUUGCAUCAAUGCCAGCUGGAACUCACCUUCAAGAAUCCUUAUGCUGAUGCCAAAGGUUUCUCUUGUGAUGUAUGCCAGAAGAUUGGAGUUAAGCAGUGGCUUUAUAGAUGUGGCACUUGUGAUUUUGAUGUUCAUUUGGAUUGUUCAAAUUCUUCCCCAAAAUCAGCAGUUCAAGGGUCAACUAUCCUCCAGCACCGCCAUUCAUUCCCUGGGGCAACAAGUUCACAUAACCAGUUCCAGCAGCCUCCUAUGGUGGAAAAAAAGAGGCCUAACCAGUUGGUGCAAAGUGCAAGUUCAGGUGCAAUGGGAAACCAGCUCCCACAGACUCCCAUAUUAUCAGGACAAGCAAUGCCAAAUCAGUACACACAGGCCAGUCUGGGUACAGCCCAAGCAAGGCCAAACCUAUUACUCUAUAGUACAAGUACAGGUUCAAUCCCCCAGCACCAAUCCCUGCAACCUCCUCUAAUUCAAGGACUGGUUAGGCCUGAUCAAUACAUACAGUCUCCUGGGACAAACAAUGAUAUGAUGAAUGCUGCAUUUCAAGGACUUGUGGAAGUUGCAGCUCAGCAGGUUGGUCAAACUAUCAUGCAGGGAUUCGUAGGUGAUGGUAACAACAGUGAUGGGACUGAAGGCUCUUCAAUUCUGAGAAGCAUUUUUGGUGACUCAUCGCAGAACUAAACAUUUCAUACCUUUCCAUUUCAAUAUUAUUAUCAGUUAAUGUAAAAUAGGCACAACUUUUGGUUAAAAUAGUAUCUUGGUAAACUACCACCCUAUUUUUCUUUUAGAUGCUUGGAAAUGCCAUUAUUAUGCUAUAUCCCUUGUCAUAAUCAUGAGCCAUGAACUCACA